AUGAUGUCUCGCUUGCCGCCAGCGCCUGCUCCCUCUGGAGCCAGUCGCGGUCAUUCUAUCCGCGCGGGAACGUACGAGGAUGUUUCUCAGCACAUGCCCGGAAACUAUGCUGCUGUUCCUCCUAUAGCUUCCGCGAACCGCCGCCCAUUCGGAACUGAUAGUGCUGACGCCAGCCGCGCACCUGGGGAGAGGUGCGGACCAAUGGCGGGAGGCGGAGGCUUCAAUUCCGCGGACUCCGCGCCGCUGAAGCCGCUUGCGAGUGUGAAGCUGCGGCAGGGGACUAACGAGGACGCGUCGCAGUUAAUGCCGGAAAUUUACCGCGUCGGCAGCGCUAUGGGGGGGGAUUUUGACGCGCAUGUGGCGGCUGAAAAUGCGGAGAGGAGUUUGAGGGCACAACCGAAGUUCGGCGGCAGCUCGGUUCGCCUCGACCAGCCGCCAAUAAGCCCCACCGCCGACCGCGCUCUUACGCGCUAUGCCAGCUCGGGAGCUGCCUCACUCGGUGCAAUGGGCGCUGCGGCCGCCACAGCCACGGUGUACAAGGGCCGCCUGCUGGGCUGCAACAUGGCCAUCAAGCGCCUGGAGGGCGGCGGGUGGCAGGGCCCGAGCGAGUACAGCAUGGAGGUGGAGGUGCUGAGUCGCAUGCGCCACCCACACAUCGUGCUGCUCAUGGGCCACUGCCCCGACCCCAACGCCAUGUGCAUUCUCUACGAGUACCUGCCGGGCGGCAGCCUGCAGGAAUAUUUGGCUGCUAGUGCGAGGAGUGGGAGUGGUGCUGGGGGAGUGGGGGUGGGCGAUGGCAGCAGGAGUUCUGCAGUGUUUCCUGGAUCGGGCUCUGGUAUGACAUACUGCUCGGUUGCUAGUUCGGUGGCAGGUUCAGUAGCUGGUGGUACAGUCAGUCAGGUUCUGCGCCAGCCGUUGGCUUGGUACGACAGGGUGCGAAUACUCUCUGAAGUUUCAGGCGCACUGCUGUACCUCCACCAGCAUUCUCCGCCCAUCGCGCACCGAGACUUGAAACCCGACAACGUGUUACUCGAUGGUAACCGCAUGAGCAAGGUGGGAGACGUAGGCCUGGCAAGGCUAAUCGCAGAGGACGAUUACAACGUAACCGCACGCGUGCAAGGCACAGUAGGCUACAUAGACCCCGAGGAGGUGGCAACAUGUGAGAUCUCGGUGUUAUCGGAUGUGUACGCGUUUGGGCUGAUUGUGCUCCAGCUGCUGAUGGGCGAGCCUCAAGUGAAGCUGGUGCAUCGCCUUCUGACGGAUACAGCAGCAAUGGUAGAUGUAGAGAAGCGUAGAGCGGGGAGAGUGGGAGGGGUGUGCUCAGAGCCGUGGGCUGCAGCUGUGGAUGCGGUCUUGGCACGGCUGGAUAAGUCCGGUGGGGAGUGGCGUGCUGACGUGGCGCGCCAGCUGGCGGUGAUUGGAGUGCGGUGCGCUGACAGGGCAAGGGCGAGAAGGCCUGAUUUGGAAAAGGAUGUGCAGCCGGUGUUGAUGAGGCUAGAGGAGGAAUUGAGAAGGGAGGGGGACAAGGGCAGGACGGAUGUGGACAACCAGCUGCUGUGCCCCAUCUCUCAGACCCUGUGGUGGCAGCUGAUGGAAAUCUUCGCUAUUUCCAGCAACGACUUCCGCGUGGGAACCAGCGUUGAGCUUGAUGGAGCGCCAUGGAGAGUGCAAGAGUUUCUGCAUGUGAAGCCCGGCAAGGGAGCGGCGUUCGUGCGCACCAAGCUCCGCAACUUCAUCACCGGGAACACCGUCGAGCGAACCUUUCGCGCUGGCGAAUCGGUGGACGAGGCGAGUGUGGUGAAGGACGUGAAGCAGUUCACGUACCUUGACGGCGAGGACUUCGUCUUUAUGGACAUGGCGACGUAUGAGGAAACUCGGGUGACCAAGGCCCAACUGGGCGACAAAGUGAAGUUCCUUAAAGAGGGGACGGAGUGUAACGUGCUGACGUGGAACGACAAGGUGAUCGACCUGGAGCUGCCGAUCACACUCAAAAUGAAGGUCGUGCAGGCCGACCCCGGCAUCAAGGGCGACACUGCUGGCGGAGGUGGGACCAAGCCAGCAAUUAUCGAGACAGGAGCAACGGUGUCUGUGCCACUGUUCAUUGAGGAAGGAGAAAUAAUCACUGUAGAUACCCGCACAGGCUCCUACAUGGGGCGAGCUUAA